CAGUAAAAAGGGCCCCCGUCCCUCUUGCCUGGGAACCUGGAUUGAGACUUUGUAGUUGUCACAUAUUUCCGAGGCUAUUAUAUUAUGUCUUUGUCAUCAUUCUGUGUCUCGUUGGUGUUGUUUUGUCUUUGUUAUUGUCUUUUUUGGUGCGUCUUUCUUUGUUCACCCCUCUGUUGUUCUUCUGUGUUGUUCUUCUCUUUAUUUGUAUGUUUAUUUGUUUUGUGUAUCUCCAUCAGUUGGCCAGGCCCUGUAGACCCUUUUCUUCCAAUGCUUAAAAUAAAAUUCAAUAAGUUUAUAAAGCAAUAAAAUAAAGACUUUCUCUAUUCUAUUUGAUUCUAUACUAUUAUAUUCUCUAACAGUAACUGUAAUUGAAAAGACAUUUUGUCCACCAGAUAAAUUAAGCUCCCUCUUUCUAUAUGUUGUGUCACCCCACAGUGGUGAGUUCCAUAAAUGCACCUGUGACAUAUUAAUAUGUCUCAAGGUCUUAUACAUGAAGUUAAUUUAUUUCUGAUGAGCAGUUUGACACACCAUUCAUUCUUAUACACAGUAAAAUUAAAUAACACAAUGUCAUGUUUGUUUCUGUCUUCCCACCAUCUCUUUCUUUCCCAAACAGAAGAGGAGGAAGCCCAGGAGGAGGUAGUAGAAGUAGAAGUAGCCCCUGAGGCGGAGGCCCAGGUAGAAGCAGAGCCAGAGGUAGAGCCUGAACCUGAACCUGAACCAGAGCCAGAGCCACAGGAGGUGGAGCAGGCGUUUCUUGACGAGGAAGAGGCCUAUGACGAGGAAGAGGAGGGAGAUCAAGAUGAAGAGAAGCCGAAGUUCAAACCUUCUGCUCCAAAGAUCCCUGAUGGCGAGAAAGUGGACUUUGACGACAUCCAGAAGAAACGUCAAAACAAAGACCUGGUCGAGCUGCAGUCGCUGAUCGACGCUCACUUUGAGUGCAGGAAGAAAGAGGAGGAGGAACUCAUCGCUCUUAAAGAACGAAUUGAAAAGCGUCGAGCUGAGCGAGCUGAGCAGCAGAGGGUCCGUGCUGAGAAAGAUAAGGAGCGGCAGGCCAGACGUGAGGCUGAGCGACAGAGGAAAGAGGACGCUGACGCCCACAGGAAGGCUGAGGAUGAUGCCAAGAAGAAGAUCGCACUAAGCAACAUGGGAUCAGGCUAUAGCAGCCACCUGCAGAGGAUUGAUCAGAAGAGAGGCAAGAAACAGACUGAAAGAGAAAAGAAGAAGAAGGUUCUGUCAGAAAGAUGCAAACCACUGACCGUUGAUGAUAAUUUCACUGAUGACAAUCUGAGGGAAAAGGCGAAGGAGUUGUGGGAGUGGCUGCACAACCUGGAGGCAAUUAAAUAUGACCACUGCGAGAAGCUCAAGAGACAGAGAUAUGAGGUCAUUUCUCUCAGGAACCGCAUUGACGAGCUGCAGAAACACAGCAAGAAGGGAGCUGCCUCACGUCGCAGGAAGUGAGCGGCUGCUCGAUAUAGGUGACAUGUCCCCUCUGCUACAGGAGCCGUUCAAACACUGCCACAGCUCCACGGGCUGGAGCAGACAUCUUAACAACGGUGUCUGCUUAAGCCAAAUUGUUUUCUGUACUAAUUUUAUCUCCAACAAAAAUGUUUAAAAAUGUAAUGAAGUGUUUGUGUCACCGUUGUAUUGAUUCCUAAAAUAAAAUUACGAAAUUAUUCAUCCUCCAACCUACACUGA